AUGAAUAAAUUGGAGACUUCUAUGGCAGCCUAUGAAGUAUUUGGAGUGAAGAUAGAGAAGAAUCCAUCACAAUCCAAACUCAAUCAACUUGGUGUUUCAUCUUGGCCUAAGUGGGAAGGUGGUCCAUUAAAAAUUCCAUGGUCCUUUGAAGAAGAAGAAACAAUGUAUCUGCUUGAAGGAAAAGUGAAGGUCACAGUUGAAGAAUCAGUUGGAUCCUUUGAAAUUGGAGGUGGUGAUUUAGUUGUUUUUCCUAAAGGAAUGAACAUUACAUGGGAUGUGACUGAACCUGUCAAGAAGCACUAUAGCUUGAAAAAAGAAUGA